AUGGGAGCCCUAUGUCACACCUUUUUCACCAUGCUGAGGGACCUUAGAAAUUUGUACAAACCGUACACGGCCUUUUCCUUUUUAUUUUUCCCUUGUGCCAUAAACGUAUAUGGUAUUUAUAAAUUCAAUAAUUUGGAGUCCCUAUCCAACAAAGAAGUAGCUCAGGCCAAUGUGAAAUGA